AUGGCCUCUUUUCUGGAAAAUGCGUACAGCUUGGUGCACCAGGACAAUGCCGCCGACGUCCCCUCCCUCUCGGACCUGCGCACGCAGCUCGAGAAGGGCACCGACGAGAGCAAAGUCGAGACCAUGAAGCGCAUUCUCACGAUCAUGCUCAAUGGCGAUCCCAUGCCCAACCUGCUCAUGCACAUCAUUCGAUUCGUCAUGCCCUCGAAGCACAAGGCUCUGAAGAAGCUGUUGUACUUUUACUACGAGAUUUGCCCCAAGCUCGACUCCAAUGGCAAGCUGAAGCAGGAAAUGAUCUUGGUCUGGUUCGUGGCUGGCUCCAACGGUAUCAGAAACGACUUGCAACACCCCAACGAGUACAUCCGGGGAAACACUCUUCGCUUCUUGUGCAAGCUCAGAGAAGCCGAGCUCAUUGAGCCUCUCCUCUCCUCCGCCAGACAAUGUCUGGAGCACCGCCACGCCUACGUGCGCAAGAACGCCGUCUUUGCGGUUUCCUCCAUCUACACACACUCCGCCAGCCUGAUUCCCGAUGCCUCAGAGCUCAUUGCCACAUUCCUCGAAUCCGAGAACGACCCGACAUGCAAGCGCAACGCUUUUGCUGCGCUCGCCUCCAUCGACCACGAGAAGGCACUGCUCUACCUGAGUACCGUGUUUGAGGGUAUCCCGAACGCAGAAGAGCUGUUGCAGCUUGUCGAGCUCGAGUUCAUCCGCAAGGAUGCCGUCCAGAACUCUCAGAACAAGGCACGGUAUCUCAGACUCAUUUUCGACCUCCUCGAAGCCAAUACCUCGACCGUCGUAUACGAAGCCGCUUCCUCAUUAACCGCCCUCACAAACAACCCUGUCGCUGUCAAGGCCGCGGCCGCCAAGUUCAUCGAGCUUAGCAUCAAGGAAGCCGAUAACAAUGUCAAGCUCAUUGUGCUCGACCGGGUUGACCAGCUACGAAAGAAGAACGAGGGUAUCCUGGACGACUUGGUUAUGGAGAUCCUUCGCGUCCUUUCCAGCCCCGAUAUCGAUGUUAGACGUAAGGCCCUGGAUAUCGCUCUCGAGAUGGUGUCAAGCAAGAAUGUCGAGGAGGUUGUCCUGCUGCUUAAGAAGGAGCUCUCCAAGACUGUCGACCAGGAGUACGAGAAGAACACCGAGUACCGCCAGCUCCUCAUCCACACCAUCCACCAGUGCGCCAUCAAGUUCUCAGAGGUUGCCGCUAGCGUUGUUGACCUACUCAUGGACUUUAUCGCCGACUUUAAUAACACUUCAGCCGUCGAUGUCAUCAACUUUGUCAAGGAGGUCGUGGAGAAGUUCCCCAAGCUGCGCAAGCCGAUCGUUCAGAGGCUGGUUGCUACCCUCAGCGAGGUGCGUGCCGGAAAGGUGUACAGAGGUAUUAUGUGGAUCAUAGGAGAGUACUCCCUGGAGGAGCGCGACAUUCGGGAUGCAUGGAAGAGCAUUCGUGCCAGCCUCGGCGAGAUCCCGAUUCUCGCUUCGGAACAACGACUCCUGGACGGCGACAGCGAGGAGGAGAACAAGGAGCAGGUCAACGGUCACUCGAAGCCCACAGCACCUACUGGCUCGCGCAAGGUUCUUGCCGACGGAACGUACGCUACUGAGACCGCCCUUACCAGCCAGUCUGCUGUUGCCGCCAAGCUGGAGGCUGUCAAGGCUGCCCAGAAGCCUCCUCUGCGCCAGCUCAUUCUUGAUGGCGACUACUACCUCGCAACUGUUCUCUCUGCCACCCUCGUCAAAUUGGUCAUGCGCCACGCCGAGAUUUCUGCCGAGUCAGCGCGUACCAACGCUCUUCGCGGUGAGGCCAUGCUUAUCAUGAUCUCCAUUAUCCGCGUCGGCCAGUCGCAGUUCGUCAAGGCUCCCAUUGACGAGGACUCGGUUGACCGCAUCAUGUCUUGUGUUCGCUCGCUCGCCGAGUUCGCCCAGAACAAGGAGCUCGAGACUGUCUAUCUCGACGACACCCGCAAGGCGUUCAGAGCGAUGGUCCAGGCUGAGGAGAAGAAGAAGGCAGCCAAGGAGGCCGUUGAGAAGGCCAAGACGGCCAUCCAAGUCGACGAUGUCGUUCAGAUCCGCCAGCUCUCCAAGAAGAAUGCCAGCGAUGGCCUCGACGAGAUCGAGGUUGACCUGGAGCGCGCAACAGGUGGAGAGGCUACUGCUGAGGAUCUCUCGUCUAAGCUCAGCCGUGUGGUACAACUCACCGGUUUCUCCGACCCUGUUUACGCCGAGGCCUACGUCAAGGUGCACCAGUUUGAUAUCGUUCUGGACGUCCUUCUGGUCAACCAGACGAUGGAGACACUGCAGAACCUCUCCGUUGAGUUUGCCACUCUUGGUGACUUGAAGGUUGUCGAGCGGCCGACGACACAAAACCUGGGCCCUCACGACUUCCACAACGUGCAGUGCACAAUCAAGGUGUCCUCUACCGACACUGGCGUCAUCUUUGGCAAUGUCGUCUACGACGGUGCUCACUCAACGGACACGAACGUCGUCAUUCUCAACGACCUUCACGUGGACAUUAUGGACUACAUUCAGCCGGCAACAUGUACCGAGACACAGUUCCGCACGAUGUGGACCGAGUUUGAGUGGGAGAAUAAGGUCAACAUCAACUCCAAGGCCAAGUCCCUGCGCGAUUUCCUCGAGCAGUUGAUGGCGGCGACCAACAUGAACUGCUUGACCCCCGAGGCCAGCAUGAAGGGCGACUGCCAGUUCCUGAGUGCCAACCUGUACGCUCGCAGUGUAUUCGGCGAGGAUGCUUUGGCAAACUUGAGCAUCGAGAAGGAAGGCGAAGACGGACCGAUUACCGGCUUCGUCAGAAUAAGAAGCAGAUCGCAGGGUCUGGCCCUGAGCUUGGGAUCCCUGAAGGGUCUCAACAAGAUUGGCUCAGCAGCAUGA